CAGCGGCGCAGAUUUCAGCUCUGACGUUCAUCCUCCACGUUUGUCUCGUCGAACCUUCAUCAUGAAUCCUCCCUGAGCGCGCGGGUCUUGACACGUGAGUCCACGAUCAGAGUCUGUUUUUGGGACGUUCUGGGCCAGAACCGAUACGAGUUGGAAUCUGCGUUCUGAGGCUACACUCCAGCGGCCCGAACCGGACCGACCGCGGACUUCAUUGAACGGCAGAGAAGAAUUUCCUCUCUUGUCCACGAUGUCCAGCAGAGGGAGAAACGGCUUUUGCAGGAUCUGCGGUGGAGAUCUUCAGGGAAACCAACGGCGAUGGCUCUUUGGGAGCCAAAACAAAAAGGGCAGUCAGCCUCCGACCCCAACAGAGUCUCUGAGAGGAGGCAGCCUGAGCCGGUCCUCACAGAGCAGCCCAUGGGGCAGCACCUUAUCUCUUGGAUCCUCUGGUUCGCUCUCCAAGUCUCAGUCGUUUUUGGGCUCCCCCUCCAAAAGUGUGGACCUGCUCUCGGUGCUGACCCACAUUCUGGGGCAGCAGGUGCCACGAGGCAGCGGACGGGAGGAGUUUGUGUGCGGCAAAUGCGUCUCAGCCCUGGAGCGGGUGUUCAAGUUCGACUCUGUGAUCUCCAGGGUCCGUGUUCUUUCCACUGAACGCCUUCAGAAGCUGACGCAGGAGAGGGACAAGAUCCGACAGUGGGUACGCAGCAAUUACCGGCAGAGGCACCUGCAGGAGUUUCAGAGCAGGAGCAGCAUCAGCGAGGAUGAUGGGGAGGUGGAGAAGGAGGCCUACAGGGAUAUGCUCAAAGAAAACAUGGCGCUCUCGGGCUACGAGUGCUGGUCUGAGCGGUGGGACACGUGUCCGUAUUUCAUACGAACCGGUAAAAGAUGCAGGAGAGGCAAAGGCUGUGAAGGCUGUGACUCCCUGAGGGUGUCGGACUCUGACUACGAGUCCGUCUGCGGGAUUCCUCGGCACUUGCCUUCGGAUGCCUUCUCCCCCUUGGGGCUGUCCGGGGACAGGUCCAGCAGCAUGCCCCUCCAUUGGCAGAAAGGUCCAACCAUCAGCUCCAGCCCCGCUUCGUUGGCGGGAUCCAGCCUUUCCUUACGAGCGCCUUCCCGUACCCAAUCUGUCCAGUCUCUGGACCUACUGGAUGGAAACGACCCGGUUGAUUUAACCGGCGUCCAACCGCUUAACUUUGUGUUGAUGGAGCUCCGAGGCGUUGAAGCAAAGCCAGUCAGUUCUCCUUCAGGGAGCAGAAUCCCGGUUCUGGGCAAAAACACUGGGAAAAGAUUGGAUAAAACUGAUGGGGGGGCGUCCCCAAGAGUAAGCAGAGUGCUGAACUUCGCUGAAAACGGAAAGGAUGGAAUGGAUGAAGAGGAUGGAGAUGUCUUAAUGGAGCUGAGGGAUGAAUACAUGCCGCUGCGAGAGAGCACUCCCGGUCGGGUUAACACCGCUGUCAGGAACCUGCGGGCCCAGCUGGACAAAGCCACGACUUGCAUCAGGACUCUGGAGGCUGAGUUGAAGCAAGGAGGGAGUAAACCAGCCGAAGCUAACGGACAAGUGGAUCUGGGUUCUGAUGGAGGAGACGGCUUCCUCCUGCAGAACCUCGGUCACUCCCUGCACAGCCGGGAGCGUCUGAUCCAGGAGUGCUUGGCUCUGAUUCGACGGCUGAGUGAGGGGGAGGAAGCCAGCUCUGAGCUGACCCACUGUCUGAAGGAGGUUUUGGCUGAGAACAAGGCUGCUCUGGAGGCUCUGAGAUCUGAGAGGAGCGAGAAGGAGAAGAGGCUGGAAAAGGAGGCGGAGGCCCUGAGGAAGGCAGGGCGAGACAGAGAGCGAGACCUGGACACGCUGAACACCGUGCUGCGGUGCAACCAGGAGAUCAUAGGGGACCUGCGAGUGGCUCUGGAGGAGAAGGAGCGUCAGCUGAAGGAUGUGGAGAAGGAGCGAGAUUUGUGGAGACAGAGAGACGACGCCCUCUCUGCUGUCCUGCAGGACAAGGAGGACCUGAUUCUGAGUUUUAGGCAGCAGCUGGAGUCUUCAGGCACUGAGACUGAGCUGGCUGCUUUGUUGAAGGACAAAGCAGACAAGAGUGCCACCUUGUGUCAGGAGGUCUCCAACCUCACAGCAAGCCUGCAGCAGUACCAGGACAUGGUGAAGUCUCAGCAGGAGACUCACGGUCAGGCGGUGUCCGCUCUGUCGGCUCAACUCAAAGAAGCCCGGCAGGAGCUGAGGAACAAGCAGAAGGAAAAGAAGGAGGCUGAGCGAGAGUGGCAGAACGAGCGGGAGGACCGAGAGCGGGAGGCCGGGAAACUGAGGGACAGCCUGGAGAAGAGGGACAAACUCAUUGAGCGAAUCCUGCUGGAUUCUGAGGAGCGGGACCGCCUGCUGACGGAGCUGCAGCAGAACCUGCAGAACAAACGGGAAACCGUGACGGCUGUCAAGCACACACUUUGAGGUGCAUGGUCCGUGCACGCUCGCUGCACAGAGACUGGAUAUUCUGCACUGUCUGCACCAUUGUUUCCCCUUCUACAUAUAUUUAUGUUACCAGCUAGGUUUAUUUAUAUUUGUUCUCCAGUUAAUGAGGGAUUUGCACACCUGCUGUGUUCUGGAGGAGUGGAAGGAAUGCAGUUUUUCUGAAUUUUUUUUUCAUGAUUACUACUGAACUCUUUAAAAUGAAUCAGGAAGUUCAAAAAGAGAGUCAACCCUAAUGCUUGCAGAGCUCCAUGUUUGGUACUUGAUUACAAAGUUACUGUACUGAGGUUAUUUUAAACGGUGCUGCUUCCUUUCAUUCAUUUGGAGUGUUUCUAACGGAUGGAAAAGUUAACAAACCUUUAUGCAGGUCAGCUGGGAUGUUGCUUUAAAUCUAAAAUUCACUAAAGGGGAACUCAACCUUCUGCAGGUGAUUUUUUUUUUUUUUCCAGCUUUGGCAGUUCAGAUCAAUCUUGUACUUUUAUCAGCUGGAAUUUUCUCCUUUUAUGUCUUUUUAAUUUCACUGAGGAAUAAUUAUUUUCAGCAUGUUUUGUUGUCUUGAAUUGUUCUAGAAUUACUGCUGAAGAUGAUAGUCUCUUUAUUUUUUAACUGAAGAGAAUUAAACUCUCUGACUCAAAUGGA